AUGUCUAAACUCAAAGGAAAACCUGAGAAAGAACCCGCUAGCGCUAGCUUAACUUCGAAAGACAUCACGGCGCUACUCGAGGAGCGUAGAGAAGCCAUUUCGUCAGAUUUUAAGUCAUCUUUCCAGACCCUCGCUUCAAAACUGGACGGCGUAGAGGCUGCAGUUAAGGAUCAAGGCACACGUAUCACUUCACUGGAGGACAACGCAAACUCGGUUGAUAGCCGCCUCACACACAUUGAAAACAACUGGUGCGCGUUACAAAAAGAAAAUGAUUCCCUCAGAGAGAGAGUGGCGGUCCUCGAGAGUCACAGCAGACGUCAAAACAUUCGCGUGAACACUCUCUCCACGUCCCCGGAGAUUGACCGAGCCCAUCGGCCCCUCGCUCCAAAGCCCGCUCCAGGAGCCAGACCCCGUCCUGUGAUCAUCCGCCUCCAAGUGAAAGACCUGAUCAUCCGUGAGGCCCAUAGAAGAGGACCCCUGCUCUACAAAGACUACAGCCCGGACGUGUUGAAGCUGCGCAGCGAGUACCGCACUGCCAUGGCCGAGCUGUAUAAGCGACGAUACCGCCCGGCGCUGCUCUUUCCAGCCAAGCUGCGCAUCAUGAUGCCAAACGGGGAGAGGAAGUGGCUCACAUCAGCUCCAGCAGCGGAAAAGUUUGUUCAGGACUUGGACAAUGACUCCUAA